ACCGAGAUCAAUGUUGGUGUUAUGAAGGCGAUCGCUGAACUUCAGUACACUGACUCUGAUUGUGGUUUUGUGGACGAAAAGAAGAUCAACGAUCAUGUGGUGUAUUACAAGCAUGAUAAAGAUUCGCUUGUUAGGCAGUCGCUAGACAAUUUAACUUUUUUGGGCAUCUUGGUGCGAACUGGAUCUUCGGCGUUUGCUUUGCGACAAAACCUACAAUUUGCAUCUGAAGCAAGUGCAAUUCCAUGGAUCACUCCUCAAAAGCACGAUGGGAACCUUAAGCGUGCCGCUAAAAUUAAACAAAAUUCAACAGCUAAAAAGGAAAGAUAUUCCUCCGCAGAAAUAGAUUCGCUUUUUGCCUACUACUUAAAAAAAUAUAGGAACAUCAAAACUAUAAAUAAUCCUGAAAACUCCGAAGCAAGAACUUCUUCAAAGCUUGGGAUGACAGGACUCGACGAUGAUAACAAUAUUUUACAACUCUGUGAGCCUCUCGAUGGUCAGACCUCUAAUUCAGUUCAGAUUGCGGUAGAAAAAGCGGAAUCAAUGCUUAAAAACACAAAUCGCAAAAACAAACGAAAUAUUGAGGCUAAAAAGAAAAGAUAUUCCCCCGCAGAAAUAGAUUCGUUAUUUUCCAGAUACUUUGAACAAUAUAAGAACAUGAAAACGAUCACUAAUCGUGAACACUUUGAAGUAAAUAGUAAGACCAUAGUAUUAGAAGAUACAAACAAGUUGCCACUCAAUAUCGUUCUCAAGAAUCAGAAAUCAAAACCAAUGGAGGAAGUUUCGAAAAAUGUGGAUUCGAAGCUUAAAAUCACAAAACACAAAAACAAACGAAGUUUUCAAGCUAAAAAGAAAAAAAUUUCCCCCGCAGAAAUAGAUUCGUUAUUUUCCAGCUACUUUGAAGAAUACAAGAACCUGAAAAGCAUAAAUAAUCCUGUAAACUCUGAAGAAAAUGCAGGACCGGAGGAUACAACCAAUAUGUUGCCUUUUAAUGCUCUUCUCGAGGAUCAGAAGUCGAAACCAAUGGAGGAAGUUUUGGAAAAUGCGGAAUCAAAGCUUAAAAACACAAAUCACAAAAACAAACGAAGUUUUGACGCUAAAAAGAAAAGAUAUUCCCCCGAAGAAAUAGAUUCGUUGUUUGCCAGUUACUUUGAAGAAUACAAGAACAUGAAAAUGACCAAUAAACGUGAACACUUCGAAGUAAUAGAAGAUACAAACAAUAAGUUGCCACUCAAUAUCGUUCUCGAGAAUCAGAAAUCAAAACCAAUGGAGCUUUCUCCAUUGAUCAUCAAAUCAUCAAAUAAUGUGGAUUCGAAGCUUGAAAUCACAAAUCGCAAAAACAAACGAAGUUUCGAAGCUAACAAGAAAAGAUGUUCCCCCGCAGAAAUAGAUUCGCUUUUUGCCUAUUAUUUUAAAAAAUAUAAGAAAAUCAAAACUAUAAAUAAUCCUGAAAACUCCGACGCAAGAACUCCUUCAAAACUUGGGAUGACAGGACUGGACGAUAAUAAUAAUUUACAACUCAGUGAACCUCUGGAUGGUCAGACCUCUAAUUCAAUUCGGAUUGCGGUAGAAAAAGCGGAAUCAAAGCGUAAAAUUACAAUGGCCAAAGAGAAACGAAAUUCGAAAACAAAGAAUAAAUAUUACUACUGCCCAGAAAUCGAUUCGAUAUUUGCUAAUUGCUUUGAAAAAUAUAGAAGGAAUAUAACUAUAGAUUAUUCAGAUGUUACUGUAUCAAAACGUGAGUCAAUAUUAGGAUCAACUGGACUGAAAGUAGCAAGCAAUAUUUUGCCAAUCAAUCCCUUCAAGGAUAAAGAGUCUUUUAGUUGUUGGAAAUUUACAGAUCCAUUAGUUAUUUGAUAUAUUUUCGAAAAUUUGUAGUUGAUUCUAUUCAUUUUAAUAAAUUUUAAUAUAAGUGAA